AUGUGUGGGGAGGUGGCGCUGCUGUGCAACAUACUGCAGCCAUUCACAGUGACGGCCAAGGAGCUCACCCAGGUUCUGCGCAUCGACCGCCAGUCCCUCUCUAUAGUCUCAUCACUCUUCAUUGUGGAUGGCCGUCGCAUGGUGGACAACCUGCUGCAGCGAUCGGAGGAGGCGGGCAGCAAGUUUGCAGGGCUGGCAGCAGAGAUAGAGGCGCUGGUGGCGGCGCAGGAGGCGGAUCUGACAGUGAGCACCAUCUAUGCCGCAUGGACGGGCGACAUGGCCCAGCUGCAGCAGCUGCUGGCUGCCGGGGCCAAGGCGGACAGGGCUGACUACGACGGCCGCACGCCUCUGCACCUGGCAGCAGCGGGGGGUCACAACGACCUGGUGCGGCUGCUGCUGCUGGAGGGCGCGCAGGUGAACGCGGUGGACAACUUUGGCACCACGCCGCUGCUGGAGGCACUCAGGGCCGGCCAUGAUGAGACGGCUGCUAUCGUCGCCAGUAAAGGCGGCACUGUUGGGCUGCAGGAGGCAGGCACGGUGCUCUGUGCAGCGGUGGCAGCAGCGGACACGGAGUUGCUUCAGCGACUCCUCUCCCAUGGGGUGCAUCCCAACGCGAGUGACUACGACCAGCGCUCCCCGCUGCACAUCGCUGCCAUCAAGGGCCACCUGCACGUCGCCCGCCUACUCGUCGACCACCACGCUGAUGUGGCGGCCCGCGAUAG